AUGAAGGCUCUUGCAUUCCUGGUUCUGCUGCUCCCUGUGUCGGCCCACUGCCUCAUGUUCCAGCCCCUGGACUGCGCUGACAUCUACAACGACGGCUCUCAGACCAGCGACGUGUACAGGAUCUACCCUGCAGGGCCCCUGUCUCCUGUCUACGUUUACUGUGACAUGGACACAGACGGGGGGAAGUGGACGGUGAUUCAGAGGAGGAUGGAUGGCUCUGUGAACUUCUACAGACCCUGGGAGCAGUACAAGAGCGGCUUUGGGAACGCAGCAGGAGAGUACUGGCUGGGACUGGAGACCAUGUACCUCCUUAAUCUGAGAAAGAAAUACGAGCUGAGGGUGGACAUGGAGGACUUUGAGGGGGGGAAGGUCCACGCCCAGUACUCCUCCUUCUCUAUCGAUCCUGAGUCCGAGGGCUACACGCUGCAUGUCACCGGCUACAUUGAUGGAGGAGCAGGAGAUUCUAUGGCCAACCACGACGGGAGUAAGUUUUCCACCUUCGACAAGGACCAGGACAGCUCUUCCUUUAACUGUGCUAAAUCAUAUCUGGGGGGAUUCUGGUAUAACAACUGCCAUGUGGCGAACCCUAAUGGCCUGUAUCAGUGGGGUAGAGGCUCCGAAAAUAGCAUUGGCAUAAACUGGAAAACGUGGAGGGGCUAUGAGUACUCCCUGAAAGCCAUCGUCAUGAAGAUCAGACCUGUGUCUCUGGCUCUCUUAGAGGAGUAG